UCAGCGUGAUCACUCGAGCCGGCGCUCUUGCUGCGAGAGCACGCGGGCCUCCGUCAGAGCGCGACCACCCUCCACUCCGCACUCGCCGCUCACAACACCGACACCAAGGGCCCGCUGACGGCCCGAUCGCGAAUCCAAUCUAGCAAGUGGUCGUUUCCUGUUGAGCACAGCGAGGCGUUAAGGCGGCGCCGGACGAGGCGCAGGGAUAGCGAGCAGCAUGCAGCCGACUUAACCUGUUGGUGUUCGCGCACUCGGCGCUAUGACUGACGAACUGGACCCCGGGGACUUCGCGGCCAUCUCGCGCAGUCGACGGCCCUCACCGUCCGGCCUACCGCCGCUCGAGGGGCUCGACGAGCCUGCCAGACCCCGCAGCCCCAGAUUCCUGAAGAACGACCUACUGCUACACGAGGCCGUAAUUAAGAACGACGCCGAAGCCGUCGAAGCCAUCCUGAAAGAACCUCUUGAUGUCAACUCGAGGAAUAAUUACGGAAGAGCGCCGAUCCACUGGGCCUCCUCCAGGGGUAGCACGGACAUCAUGCAGCUGCUGAUCGAGGCGAGGUGCGACAUAGAAGCCAAAGACAAAUACGGCAUGAGCCCCAUCCUGAUGGCCGCGUGGCAUGGCCACAAGGAUGCCGUCCAACUUCUUGUCAAAUCCGGUGCCAACACUCAAGUCAACAACAAGAAGCUGUACACCCUGUUGAUGUGCGCCGUGCACAAUAACCGCCUGGACGUAGUGAAUUUUUUACUCGAGACUGUAGAGGACAUAGAAAUAGACGUGGAGGACAUGGAGCGGCAGACGGCCCUGUUCCACGCAGCUCACAACGGACACCAUGACGUAGUUAAGAGGCUCAUAGAAGCUGGUGCCAGAUACAACCUAAGAAAUAAGACUGGAAGAACACCACUGCAUGCCGCGAGCGAGAACGGGCACGUGGAGGUGUUGCAGCUGUUGCUCUUGCAAGAGAACCUGGAGCGCGACGUGCAAGACGAGGACGGAAACACGGCCCUUCACGUCGCCGCCGAGAACCAGCAGACACUGGCCGUCGAGGCCCUUUUGGAAGUGGGAUAUCCUCCGGACAAGGAAAACAAGAAAGGCUACACGGCGCUGCACUUGGCCAGCAGCAAGGGUUGCCGUUGCAUCAUCGACUCGCUGCUGCAACACGGAGCCAACAUCGAGCACAGGUGCAAGGAAGGCAACUCGCCUCUGCAUGUCGCCUGCCUGGCCAAUGAGAUCGAGACCACGGAGCUUUUGAUCAACAAGGGUGCCGACGUCAACGCCCUCAACGACGUCCGUCAGUCUGCCAUCCAUAUCGCAGCCGAAAAAGGCUUUCAAGAUUUGUGCAAGCAACUGCUCAACAGCGGAGCCAAUAUUGAACAAAAGGAAGAGGGAGGGCGAACUCCAUUGUACAUAGCAGCUCGGGGUAGUUUCACAACAAUUGUAGACAUGAUCAUCAAGACUGCCAGGCUAGAUUACCCGACCGUACGUACCACAUCUCGCCCUGACCUUGUUUCUACUUCUUCUUCUGCUGGCCAGCUGACGCACAAGUGCUCACACUCCAAAGCACAACCUGCACCACAAAUCCUCCUCACCAGCACAACUUCUUGUGCCAUUCAUCGUGACGAACAGCAGCCCGACGUGGACGAAAACGAGCUCAACUCGUUCAACACGGCGUCGAGACGCAAGUGGAGGCUGAGCAGGGAGGACAGCAAGAUCAGUGCUAAUGAACAGCUGAGACAACUUCUCAGGAAGUUAGCUUAUAAGCACUUGAAGUCGGGUGAGUGGAAGCUACUGGCGCACCACUGGAGCUUCACGGAUGAGCAGAUCGCGGCAAUUGAGCACCAGUGUACCGGCCCCGCCGGCCACAAAGAACACGCGUUCCGAAUGAUGCUCAUCUGGGCUCACGGACUCGCCCCAGAGGCGAAUCCGCUCAAGGAGCUGUACGAGGCACUCGUAGCCAUCGAUAAAAGGAACGUUGCAGACGCGAUGCGGAAAAAGGUGGAUGAGGAUAACGCCGAGCGAUUGAAGAAAAAAUCGAAUGAAGAGAAGAAAAGGUGCAAAUCAUGCACGAUUUCAUAAGAUGUCUAAUUCUCUGUUUAAACGGCAAGCAAGCAAGCAAGCAAGCAAAACUGUAGACCAAUGUUAAAUGUAAUUCAAUGUAACUGACGGGGAAAACAGAGCGAAACAAAAACAGACACCAGAUUUAUAAAGUUAUCGUACAGCAGAGAUAGAGCAGGCAAAUCUAUUUAGGCAUUUGAAAAUAUUUAAAAUUUUAGAAACUUUGGCGUCAAUUAGAGACGAAACGGACCGCGGAUUAAGCACUGAGGGGCCCGCUCUAUAUAUAUUCAUUAUAUUUAAUCAUUUCUCAGCUGUACGUGUGUAAAAGGCGUCAGUGCCUUAAUGUUGUGGUCAUAAUUGUUUAAAGUAAUUCGCCAAACUUGCUCACAAAAGUAGAUAAUUAACGGACGGUGGCUCUAAUUUACCUAGACGAGAAUAACGGAAACUAUCGGGGUUGAAAAAGUUCCUUUUUACUCCGCACACAACAUCAACCAAAGGAUAUUAACAUCAAAUAUAACAUAAUAGUUAAUAGUACUAUAUAUUCUCAAUCAGCCCUGAAACUUACAUUAUAUAGAUAGAUAUUUAUUAUAUGUCGAAGAAAUAUAUAAUCUUUUAUGGCUAUAGCUAAUAAUUAUAGAAAGCAUGGGUAGGGUUUCAAUUUUUGGAAUCAACCAUCUCGCUUUAGCAAACUAACGAGUAUUGUUAUAUUGCGACGUCAUCACUGCUCAGGGUGCGUCAAUUUGUUAAGGGAAAAUGAUUCGCUUUUUAAAUCAAUUAUAAUCACUGUGCUAGCGGCGAUUAUGGCCAAUAACUCUCGACAAAAAGUCGAAUUCUCCAAAUGCGAUUUAAUGUUCGUAGUCAUCACCAUGGGUGGCACCACCGAAUACUUUCGAAUUCAAGGCGCUUUCGUUGUGUCUACCCACGAUUGGCUGGACUGAUUUUUGUUUUCAGCCCACCAAGAAAUAAUUUAUUUAAGAGCAGAAUGCACAGCAUCGCGAUUGAGUGUCCAAUUGCAGUGGAAAUAGUGCAUUAUUAAAAUCGAUUCGCUGGUGACAUCUAUUGCCGGCUUCAAACACUUCUGAGCCGUCGCAAUUGGUGAAUUGAAGACGAUCGAAUAUGUGUUUUAUUGUGGCAAAUCGCCGUUGACACAGCGAAAUCGGCAACUGAAUUUCGGCGGCCAUGACAAUGAUGACGUCACAACAUGGACGCUAUUUUUCCUAUAUUUUUCGAGCUCCUUGACAGCUUGCGGCAGAUUUUCUGAAUUUUACACUGCUGCUCACAUUAAAAAAUUGCAUUUUUAAUUUGUCCUUGAAAACAAGUGUGUGUGUGUGUGGGAGUGUGAAAAAAGAAGAAAAUAACCUACAACAGUUCAAUUGUAACCACUUUAGCUGGAGAGACGGGCGCGCUGUCCUUAAGUAAUGCGACGCUGUCUCACCUCUCAUAGUGAACAAAUGAUCAAUUAACGGAAAUUAUUGGAAAUUGAUGGCAAUUGAUGGAAAUUGAUGGCAAUUAAUGGCAAAUCGCUGAGAGAACCAGGCAGGUAAAUAAUCCAUUUAAAAAAACUCGUAUACACUGGAGUAGAUGCGCUGCAUCCGAGACUCUCAUAGCUCGUCUAUAUUGUGUUUAUUGGAAAUCCUGUAUCUUUGUCAUCUCCUCAUCUUUCAUUCUUUAACUAAUAUUUGACCUAACCCAGCAAAAAUGGAUAUUCGAAGGAUAUCCAAAAGGUAUCCGGGAUAUCCAUGGAUAUCCGGAGGAUAUACAUCUGUACAGCCCGAUGUCAUAGGGCGGAUAUCCCGGAUAUCCAAUUUCUUGCUGGGAACCAAACUUGUAUUUUCCUUCUCUCUUACUCUCUGGCCGAGGGGUUUUAAUAGUUAGUGUUCUUACUUGUCUAUUGAAAUGUUUAGAUAUAUAAAUAUAUAUCUGUUGAUAAAAGAUGAAGCUGCAGUUUGCAAAUGUUCUCUCCGUAGUGGAUAAAGUUAAGGUCGUAAAGUAUCAAAAUUAUAAUGAGGACUUGCAACAAAAAAGUGUGAUUUUAAUUUUAAGAAUAGGAUAACUAUAUAACUGCUGCAAAACAUUAUAUUUUGCGUUGAAAAGGCGAGAUUCGAUUUUAUGCACUAACAUUAAUUAUAUAGCGUUAAUUAGGUUAAUCAAUGAAAUAUAAGCCACAGUUGAGGUUGGAUUUUAUUAAUGUGAAGAUAUGUAUAAAAAAAUAAAAAAUUGAGGUAUAUCAACCAA